ACACUCCACAGGCUCGUGGAUAGCUCGAAAAUAUGGCGAGCUUCACCAUGCAAAUGGCCGCUCCCGGCCUCGCGAGGCCGGCGGUGGGUGCCCGUGCUCGCUGCAGGACCGUGAGGACCGGCGCUCUCGACGGGGCGGCCGAGAGGGCCUCCGCGACCGGCGCCCCGAGGCGGGCGCAGCGGGAGAGCAUGGCGGGUGACUGUGCCGACGCGGCGGGCGUCGCGAAGGCGAAGAGGGCGCAGAGGGGGAAGGUGAUCACGACCGCGGUGCCGGACACGUUCAUUCCCCCCGGCCAGGAGCCUAAUCGCCCCAAGGGCUUCUGGGAGACCUUCAUGGGCAAGGACCCCAACAAGGGCAAGAUCCGCGCCGACUUCCAGUGGAGGAUCUUCUCCUGCCUGCCGUACCUCAUCCCCAUGAUGGGUGCCAUCGCGUUCACGGACCAGGCGUUUAUGGCGUUUCCCGUGACUUUUAAGCUCGCGGUGCUCAUCUCGCCGCUGCUGCAGAUCUUCUACUCCAACUCCUUCAUCCCCUUCGUGACUUUCUUCACGCUGUUCCUCGCGGUGGUGCGCAACACCAAGCUCGACCACUUCAUGCGCUACAACACCAUGCAGGCCAUCCUUCUGGACAUCUGCGUCAUGCUCGCGGGUCUCAUCAUGCAGUACCUCCCCAUGUACAUCACCGUGUCCGUCAUCGGCGACAUGAUGGAGAUCUUCACGCUGAUGAACGCCCUGUUUGCCAUCGGCUACUGCAUGUGGAACUGCCUCAAGGGCCAGUACCCGGAGAUUCCCAUCAUCACCGAGGCAGUUUACGCGCAGGUGCGAGAUCAGUAACGUUCGCUGCUGUGUGGGGAUCAAAAACAAACAAUGGAGAGUGUCUGGAACGCGGAGGGAGGCGGUCCGACGUAUUAGGACGACUACGCGCGAGUUAAAAAUAUUCAUCAAACUUUAGAUUCG